CGCUCGCGCUUUACACUUUGUCCUCGCUAUUUCAAGUGAGCGCCGAGGUGGAGCGGAGCGCGAGCCAGCUAUUGUAGGUGUCUCGUGCGGACUUCAGUGGCGCAGGGCGCGCGGACGACUUCGUAAUUAACCCGUACUUAUUUGUGUAUGUCUGUGUCAGGUUCACGCAGAAAAAAAGAACAAAAAAGAGAGAGAGAGAAAAGGGGGCAGUGAGAGAGAGAGAGAGAGAGAGAGAGAGAGGGGGGAGGAAUAAUCAAAACGCAACACGUAUCCGGUGGGAUCCCACUCCUGAGAGAGAGAGAAGCGGCAGGAGUUGGAGAGAAAGGUGCGCGGACAGACGAGAACGAGGGGAAAGACUUGACAUUUCGCCGGCACGAGCGCGUUUUGGCCAACGCUGAGGAAUAAUGAGGAACGCUUGGAUAAUUGUGAGCCUCGCGCUGAUCGCCUUCCUCUCCGGGGAACGGAUAGCAGCAGCAGCAGCCAAGACCUCGUCUCAGACUGAUGACUUGUACCUGGACCAGGCAGGCUCAGGAGGUUACCCUGAAGACGACGAUGACUUCAGCUCAGGGUCUGGUUCAGGUGGAGGUGAAGAGGGGGUAAAGGAAACGGCGACUGUCAGUACGGUUUAUAUUGAACCCAAUGCAGCACAGCCUACCCAGGACUCCACCAAAGAUUUCACCCCCAGGGUGGACACAGCCACAGUCAGAGAAAAGGUCAGGGAAAGCAUACCCAGGAAACCGGCCAGAACAGAGGCGCCCCUGCCAGUUACAGAGGACGUGCAGAGGAACUAUAUGACUAGUACAACAAGUGCCCCUGGGUCACCACAGGAGGCCAUUGAGGUCCGCACUGAAAACCUCUUCCAGAGAACGGAGGUGUUGGCAGCUGUAAUUGCAGGUGGCGUGAUCGGCUUCCUCUUCGCCAUCUUCCUCAUCCUCCUGCUGGUCUACCGCAUGAGGAAGAAGGAUGAGGGCAGCUAUGACCUGGGAGAGAGGAAACCCUCCAGUGCAGCCUACCAGAAGGCCCCGACAAAGGAGUUUUAUGCAUAGGACCCGCCCUGCCGACACGGAUUACUUUGGAGCGACUGCCGAUAAAAAAGAAAACAAAACAAACACAACGCAGUCUCAACAGCACACCUGUUCAAACACAACUACAACAAACCGUUUUUGAAGAUAAUUAAGGAAAGUAGCGUAAAGGAAAGCUUUUGCAUAGAGUAUUGUAAUUGAGACUUUUUCCUUUUUUCUUGAAAAAAAAAAUGAAAACCAAGCAUUUCUCAUAUUUUGUCAAAUGUCAGUGUAUCAUUUGAAAAGGUUGAAAAAAAAACAGGAUGUAAAGUUGAGGAAACUAAACGCAUCUGUCUUCUGUUAAAGGAGCUGUUUUUAGUCGCUGACUACUUUUAACUGUAGCAGUCUGUUAUUUGUAAAGAAAAAAAUUCAAAGUGGAAAUAAUUGAAUAUAAUUAUUCUGUAUCAAUCCGACUUUCUUUUUUUCCUUUUUAUUUUGUCCUAGCAUGUCUGAUGUUGAUCUAAAGGUGUAUUACAUUAAUUUAUCUUUUCUCUGAUGUUUAAAAUGCCUUUGUAGUUUUGAUGAAGCUCUCUGGUCAUAUUAACGCUGUUAACGGUCAAUGUAAAUGUCCCCUUCAGGUUACAAUGUUUAUUAUUUGCUCUCACAUCCAUUUUUCUAGUCAAAUGUGAGCGUUUCAUUAGGUCUUGUUUGUUUGUUCUCUUCUCAGUGUAGCCUUUUAUUUCUUUUGACAGCUUUUUCUUUUCAUACCAGACGUUGCUCUUUGAAAGAUAAAGCUAUAGUAAAAGUGUGUCAGGGCUGGAGAAAAAUCAGAUUUGACUUCCACUUUCCCCGUUAAAUGUUUCUAUUCACUCUAUAUUUAAUUCAUUCUCUCCACACUGCACAUGUCCUGCUUUUGCUCCCCACUGCACUGCUGUCAUGCAGUGCUGCUAGUACGGAGGGUUUCAGGGCGAUGCUUCUUCCUCGUGGACCCAUCUCCAUCCCCAUGAGUCCAGCUCAGACCCCCCCCCCUCCCCUGUUCACCCUAACCCCUUUUGCUCCGACCUUCUUUGUAAUCAGAUUGGAGCACGGCCAGUUGAGAUGUCAAUCCCCCUCCACCAGACUCUCUCUUUUCUCCCUCAGCUCUAUGGAGCCACCAGCGUAGCCUGGUGUUAUUGUCCAUGUCCCAGCAUUCUGCCGCGCGAAGGCCUGCUACUGCUUGAACACAAGCAAACCAGGUCAGGGCUGAAUCCCCACACGCCGAGCUCACAGCUCCGUAGCAGACAGGCACAAAACAAGAGUCCUUCGAGGAUCCUGCUUUCUCACAGGCACUGAUGAGUGACCGUUUGAGAGGAAGGUGGUUUGCAACCUGCACAAGGUUAAACCCAAUGAAAUGCCUACAAAGGCGCGUUAAAGGCGAGCAUGGAACACGCUGUAUGAAGCUCAGUGUUUAAUGUGUCCAUGCCGUUGUGAAGUUGCCCCUUCAGCUGUACAGUAACAGGAAGUGGACCCAGUGGGUGCCGUCACAUCGUCCCACAUGCAGCUUUAUUAUUCCUCCACCCUCGUGAUGUGUCUGUGCUCCAUCUCAGACAUUGCUGCCUCUCAGCUCCCAUCUCCCCUUUUCUCUAGUCCUCGAUUUUCUCCUCAUAGGACCUACGGUACCGAACUAUACUGCGAACCCAAAGACUCGCUGCAUUUCUGCUCCCAACACCACCUUCUCACCCCCUCCCCCCUCCACCACGGCCACAUCAUGUUGUCUACGCUCUCUUUUAGUUCUCCCUCUGUUUAGAGACUUGACUUCUGAGUCCAAUUGCUUAUUAGUAUAUUAAAAGAUAUAUAAAUAUAUAUAUAAAUGUAUAUUCACAAAUGUUUUAAACCUUCGAAGUGCCUACCAUUUGGAAAUGUACUUGCUCAAGGCGAGCAUGCAGCGGGUGUGUACACAAAGGAGGGGUGUAAACGACUGGACUGACAUUCUGUGAGCAUGGAUGACUGUAAUGGUAACUUUUUUUUAGUCUUACAAAAGCUGACAGUAUUGUACCUAUAAGUUGAAACAACACUACUGAAUAAACAUUGUGGCCUAAUA